GGACAGGAAUCUGGACGUAAACGGAGGAUAUCCCUCUUGAUUCCUGCGUGUCUUUGAUACAUCCUGCCAUGAGCGGAAGUGUCUGGGAUUCUGCUCAAUCCACAUCGCUACAAAUCAGUCGAUUGUAAAGGGAGACGGGGUGGAAACGGUGUGCAUCUCUUCCCACACUAUUACCAUUAGACAAGGCUGCGUUACAGCAUUUAAUGCAUACAUAGUUUGGUACGGGGACAUGCUCCACCAGGUCUGCGCAAUCGACGUGAACGCCUGCCUGGACACCGGAGAGGAUUAAGUUACUGUUGCUGGCGGCGGAUUAUUUUAUUGGCCUCCUCCUGUCACGCCCGAGUCUUUGGUGAUCCUUCUCCCAAAUUGUAGAGCAAAAGCCAGAUAUGUCUUUCCGGCGAGGUGUGGUCCGGCAGAGCAAAUUCCGCCACGUCUUUGCCCAGGCGUGGAAAGCCGAGCACUGCAUCGAUGAUGUCAGAGUAUCCCGGGUGACCUGGGACAAUCCCCUCUGCGCGGUCAACCCCAAAUUCGUCGCCGUUAUCAUCGAAGCCGGCGGAGGAGGGGCCUUCCUUGUUCUUCCGCUCAGCAAGAGCGGCAGAAUCGAUCAGUCCUGUCCCACUGUGUGCGGCCAUGCAGCGCCAGUGCUGGACAUCCAGUGGUCUCCUCAUGACGACAACAUCAUCGCAAGUGCCUCAGAGGACUACACAGUAAAGGUGUGGCAGAUACCAGAUGGGGGCCUCACGGUUCCAAUGACUGAGGCCAUUGUGACCCUCGAGGGACACAGUAAAAGAGUUGGAAUCCUGGCUUGGCACCCUACCGCCUUCAAUAUCCUAUUGACUGCAGGCUGCGACAAUGUGAUUUGUGUGUGGAACGUGGGCACAGGGGAGCUUGUGUACCAGCUGAGCGACGCCCACCCAGACCUGAUCUACAGUGUGUGCUGGAACAAGGACGGCAGCGCGGUCUGCACCGUCUGCAAGGACAAGGCUCUGCGUGUCAUCGACCCGCGAAGAGGCGUCGUCCUCAAGGUUAAAGAGAAGGUCCAUGACGGCACUCGGCCAAUGAGAGCGGUUUUCCUGUCAGAUGGAAAGAUCCUUACCACAGGGUUCAGCCGUAUGAGUGAGAGACAGCUGGCAUUGUGGGAUAUGAAAGAUCUCUCUGAGCCAAUGGCAGUGCAGGAGAUGGAUACGAGUAACGGGGUUCUUUUACCCUUUUAUGACCCUGACACAAACAUGGUCUACCUGUGUGGAAAGGGGGACUGCACCAUCCGGUAUUUUGAAGUGACAGACGAAUCUCCAUAUGUGCACUUCCUUAGCUUAUACAGCAGCAAAGAGCCUCAGAGGGGGGCCGGCUUUCUCAGUAAAAGAGGUGUGGAUGUCAACAAGUGUGAAAUUGCAAGGUUCUACAAACUCCAUGAAAGAAAAGUGGAACCCAUUUCUAUGACUGUACCACGGAAGUCGGAUCUGUUCCAGGGAGACCUUUACCCCGACACGGCUGGCUCGGAGCCGGCGCUCCUGGCGGAUGAGUGGAUCGCUGGCCAGGAUGCAGCGCCCCUGUUGGUCUCUCUGAGUGGAGGGUACUCGGCUCCUCCAUCCAAGCAAAGAGACACCCUCCGAGUCAAACCCAAGCUGGUGUCACAGGACUCUGGGACCGGGGCUGCCCCGACCUCGACCGGCAGUGUAGCAUCUCCCACGUCUACAUCUGCCGAGGACGAGGUGCCACGAGUGGCCACAACCGAAGGAAAUAGUGACAGGCCAAAACGAGAGGACGAGCUGUUGACCGAGUUGUUAGCAGAAAUGAAAGCCCUGCGUGCCGUCGUCCUCGCCCAAAGCCAGAGAAUCGAGCUGCUGGAGAGGCAGCUGGCUCGGAUAGAGGACGGGGAUGUAUGAGCGACGGUUGGAGAACCACUACAUUUGCAGGGCGUUAUUACUUAUAGUCCAUAGCCUUACUAGUAUCAACAGUACCUUAAAGCUGUGUUGAGUGGGGGGGAUGUAGUGUGGUGGGGGGGGGGGGGCAACAACCAGGUCAGCUGUUGUGAAGGAAGCGAGACAGCGGUUUGUUUAUGUGAUAGUUAUCCAAACUGCGGCAGAGAAUUGGGCAUCAUCUGCAUCAAGUGAUACACAUGAUAGUGAGAAAAUGUUUUGUUAUUCAUAUGAAGGAGUGUUGUAGCAGCUUUUUUGGUGGUGCAUAGUACAUUUUUCCAGCUUUCCUUGCGUUACAUUUGAAGGGCUGCAGAGGAGCUGUGUUGACACCAUUGCCUCAAAUUAAUGCACAAAUAAGUGAUGAAAAAGUAGACUCGUCGACUUACUAUAGCAAAGCGAUUAGUUACCUCUAAUAUAAUUUUUUUUCCCUCUAUUAAGCACUACAAAUAUAACCAUUUGUGCGAAUUAAUCAGGUAAUUACAGCUGCUUUAUCGUGAUGUCAUAUCAGAACCCCAAUUGUUAACUCAUCGUGUGACUUGUACUUCAUUUCACUACUUCAAAGCAGUUUGUACGGUAGGAAGAACCCUCUGGUACAGAAGUCAUGACCUUGACAGUGAGAAUUAUGUGGAGGGAAAAAAUAGCUGAAGAGUGUGUAGUUGAAUAUGUAUGAGUAUUGUAAUUAUCUGUGUAGUCUUUGAAAAGCUCUACCUUGUGAUUUUGUACCUCGGGGCGGGGCGGUGAGCUGAAAUGAGAGUUGUGUUCUAAACAUUACAUGCACUAAUAAGUGAAGUCUCACUAACGUACAAUAGCAUUGCUCCAAAUAGCAGUUCAGUGUUUCCAGCCACAAGAAAGAGGAAGUUAAAGUGAAAUGUGAAACAUUUUAUACUGUUUGAAAAUUACAUUCUAUUGUUUAAAGGUGGAACAAUGUCUUUGAUUGUUUUUGGUUUAUUGUAGUAUAGUAUCUUUUUUUUUUGCUGUUAAAUGAAGACACAUUCAUCUGUCACGUCUCAAUAGUUGAUGAUCGUGUAACAAUGGUACAUUCCACAUCAUGUUCUCUAAUUUAGCUAAUUUAUAUUUCUUUAUGCACUGACCUCUUCACACUAACUGUAAAACAAGUAGCAAUGACACUACUGUUAAAGCUCAAUAAACAUUCUUUUCUCCUUUGUAUUAA